AUGAUUGAAUGGUUACAAAGUACAGCAAACACAACUACUUCGAUUAUAGGUACACCGAUUCAGCAACAACAUGGUGGAUCAACACAACAGGCGAAUGCUGCUCCUAAUGGAGGUGCAGUACAUCCUUUGGCCAACAGCUUCUUCUUCUUCUACAUGCCAAAGAGGCCCAAGAACACUUCCGAUUAUCUCAACGAUCUCCAGAUGAUAACUGGUCCAGUCAACACUGUGGAGACGUUUUGGUCAUACUACAGUCAUAUGAUCAGACCCGUGGACGAGUUCUCCACGCUCAGCGACAUAUAUUUAUUCAAGGAGGGCAUCAGACCCGUCUGGGAAGACCCAGAGAAUCAGAAUGGCGGCAAGUUCGUCAUCAAGGUCAGAAGGAACUUCACGUCCAAGUGGUGGGAGGACCUGUUGUUGGCCUUUGUUGGUGAACAAAUCGAAGGCGGUGACUCGAUCAACGGCAUCGUCAUAUCAUUUAGGUCAGCAGACAACAGUUUGAUUGGAAUAUGGAAUAAGGAUUGCAAUGACGAUGAGUCAAAAGAAAAGAUAGCCGCCAGUCUUCGCAACUUGUUCCGAAUCGAAAAGGUGGACUACAAGCCACAUCACUAUCGCAUGCGCGAUGGUACCAAGGAGGCCGGCGACGAAACUUUGACUAAUGGUCAUGGAGGCCUUAGCUCGUCACUGGAUAUGGCCGAUGCCUCUGGCGCAGCCUUCCUCAAGCAGCAUCAAUCGGCGGCAGGAACAGCAACAACCAAUGUUGUUGUUGGCUCGCUUCAACAAUCACCUCAACACAACUUGUAUAGCUUGUACCAAACAACAACUCCAUCUUCCACUACCACAGCAUUAAACAGAGGUGGCGACGUGUAG